CUACAACAAGCUCAUUAAUUGUGCAUGCUCUUGUUCAUCUUCAACUGCUUGUUGAUGUAGAUCUACAAGCCCUACAAGUGCAAGCUUGUUUGUUUACUAGCCACAAACAUCAUUGGCGGGCUUCCUAUUGUAAAAGCAACACUUCUUAUUUAAACACAACUUCAGAUCUCUGAUAUGACAAGCCAACUGCCUCUGAGAUCAAGAAUGUCUGAGCAGCUAAGAGCUCUGUGGCUGACUAAAGACAGAGAGCAUCCCUUUGUAAAGGGCUAUCUCAAGACCAAGAUCAAGAGAACCUAUCUAAAUGGUCACACUGAUGGCAUCAGUGAUGCUGGGGCCAAUGUAGUGGAGAGAUGCUUCACACUUUUGGGACACUGCCUCUUCCACUGUUUGCAAAAGGACUCCGUGGAUUUUACUGGAGCUCUGCUGACUGAUGUCUUCAGUCCAGUCAUUGCGAGAGUGGACGACAAAAAGUUGGAGAGCUUCCAUGCUGAUGAAACUCUGCAGGCAAACAGCUUGUACCUUGAAGGAGUACUGAUGGGUGAUGUGGAUAUCUUGUUGUGCCCAUCCACUGCUGAGGAAAAGAGGACCUGGCUAGAUUUAAUACAGCAAGCAGGGCUAGAAGUACCUGCAAGAAGGCAAUCGAACAAGAGCUUGGCUGGUAGAGAUGGUCGCAAAAAGGUGGUCAUCAUUGAUGCAGAUGUCAAUGACUCUCUCUACACUCGACAAGAGUCCGUAGUGUCACCAGACCAACACCGCGCCUGGAAGCAUCAGUGGAAGCUGGCUGCAAGGCGAGUGCUUUCUCUACCCGAAGCUUCUCAGAUGAGGAUGAAGCACGAGAUUCUUGAGCGUCUGGUGGUUAAUGAGGAGAGGUAUGUAAGUGAUCUGAGCACCCUCGUCGAGGUCUACUUUCGACCAAUCAAAACAGCCAUCGCCUCGGGUCAUGUCAACAUUCCCUGGACCAGAAUAGAUACCAUAUUCUUGAACUGUGAGUCCUUGUUUACCUUCCACAAGAUAUUCCUUUCGCAAAUGAGAAGUUCUAUUGUUCUCCCACACCCUAACUUUGGUCAGCUGCUCCUUCGCUUCAUUUCUCACUUGAGCCUCUAUGCGGACUUUGUCAAGAGCCAGGAUCACAGUAGCAAGGUGCUGGAGGAGUGCUUGGUUAACCCUUCACUGACUGAUUAUCUGGAGAACUAUCACUCGUCUCAUGAUUGUGAAGCACAGCAUCUCAAGAUGCUAUUGCAGCAACCAACCGGAAGACUAGUGAUCUAUGAAGCAUUUCUAGAAGAUGUGCUCAAGCAGACGAGUGAGAGUCACUGUGACUAUGCCCCCCUCGGCACAGCACUACAGGAGCUGGGAGACAUUAAGGCUAGUUUGAGCAGUCUGUCUGGUAUCCAUGAGCGACAGGAGAAUAUGCUGAGCAUUCUGGGCAGUGUGGGGCCACGGGGACUCAUCCUGCUUGAGCCAGACUGCUCUCUGGUGCUGGAAAGUGACACAUUCUUGCCAGCCUCCAGUAAGUGGACCACCGGUACUAUCAAACAGAGGAAGGUCCAUUGCUACCUCUACACAAAUGCCUUGGUGGUUGUUGCGGGAGACAGAAAGGCCAAGAACCAGCUGCUCCCCUUGUGUGGAGCUACUGUGUACGAGAAUGUGUCUAGGACAGGAGAUGUCACUUAUGCUAAAAACCCAGAGGUAGAAGCGCGCGCUCUGAAGCUCUACUCGCCCGAUGGCCCCAGGAAUGGAGUGGUGAUCAUCUUCUUCACACAGAGUACAAAGUCUGUGUGGCUGGCCAAGAUCUGUGAGAUCAUAUCCCACUGCACCCCAGGGGAUAGCUCACCCUCACCCUCGCCAUCGCCAUCACCAUCACAAACUGCAAGGAGGGUUCACACACCCGCACUCCUCACGUCAAGCACACAAGUCACUUCUCCUACACAUAACACACCACCUCAGUUGAGUCCAGCCCUUCGUCGUGCUUCAGUAGCUAUAGCACCCGUAAAUGACCAGCACUCGUCCCCCUCCCACCAUCCUUUCACCUAUCCUGAAACCACAUCUCAACGCACUACCAAGCCCCACCCCCUCCUGAGUAGCAGUGUCUCCUUGAGCUCACUGGAGAAGAGGGAGAGGGAGACAUGUUUCGCAAGCAGUACUAGUGUGGACCAGCUCAGACUGUCUCACUCUAACUCCUCGGCUCAAAGUCACAGCUGCGUCACACGAUCCACGUCUAUGUUCUUAGUGCCAGCAGAGUUACCGCCAGCACGUCCGAAGGUAGUUCGGGAUUACUACUCUAUCCCCACACUGUUCUCUCUGCUGACAUGUAACCCGCCAAGUCCCCGCUACCCUGCCACCUUCUUACUCACCUACCGCAUGUUCACGAAUGCUCAUGAGGUGCUGGACGCACUUAUCGACGAGCACAGGACGGGGCUAGAUGGAAGAACUCAACUCAGAAAGGCUUUUUCAGUCUCGUCUGAGUCACUGCGAUUCUUCAACACUCUCAGGAUCUGGGUCAACAAGUACUAUGUGGACUUCCAUCAUGAUGUGUCACUGAAGCAGAUGCUGAUGGUGUACCUGAACAGCAUCAAAGACCACGAAUACCUCCACUCAAAAGAGGGGGAACUUGUGAAGGGUAUUCUAAGGACUGUCAAUACAAGGGGCCACAUUCCACUGAUCAGGAAGAGCAAACUCAAGAUUCAAGUGCCAAAGGCUUUGCGCAGAGUACCCGACUCCCUACUGAGCAUACCAACAGAGCAGCUGGCCAAGCAGCUGACUUGGAUGGAGCAUGAGAUCUACGGAAGAAUAAAACCAUAUGAAUUCCUCCAGCAGAAGUGGACCAAAAAGAACAAAUUAGAACUGGCUCCUAAUAUCUGUUACGUCAUCUCAAGAUUCAAUGAAGUGACUCUAUGGCUGACAAAGGAAGUUCUCUCUCCGGUAACUCCUCGUAAGAGGUGUGCGAUCGUUCAGCACUUGAUAGAGGUGACCAAACACUGUCUGGAGUUAGGCAACUUCGUGACUGUGUUCCAGAUCACCAGUGCCCUCAGCUCCUCCUCUAUACAGAGACUCAAGAAGACCUGGGACCACUUGCCACACAAUGUACGUGACACGUUCGAGGAGCUGAGAGCACUCACCAGUGUGGAUGGAGGGUCAAAGGUCUACCGUCUCAGGCAGAAAAGCUCCCCUUCUCCGAGUAUCCCCUACAUUGGUCCCUAUUUGAACCUCCUGGUCUCUAUUGAAGUCGGUAUGUCAACCUUUGUCAAGAACCCACCAGAGCAUGUCAACUUUCUGAAACUCACCAAGCUGGCUUCGGUGAUAGAGGAAGUAACGCGAUUCCAAAACCCGAAGUAUAGCAUACCAGCCGAUGGAUCGGUAUUGGUGUAUUUGGACAAUCAGCUCGAGUCUAGCAGAGAGUUUGAUGAGGAACAGGGCUACACCCGCUCUGUGGAGGUGGAGCCAAAACAAGACCCAGGGUCUCGAUCGAGAAAGAAGUCACUCUCAAACCUACUGUCUGGAGAUUGAUUGGACUAUUAAUGACUCUGUUUAUGUUCGUUUGCGGCAUCAGUUUAUGCACUUUCACAUUCAAUUUGUAUAUACGUAUGCAGACUUUCAAUAUGGUCUGUAUAAUUAUAUAGCUUUAAGUAUAAUUUAUGCUACAACAAUGAUAUAAAAAUCA